ACAGUGUAUAUGCAUUACUUCCUCACUUAGCAUGUGAGUGUGUAUCUGCUAUGGGCUCAGAAUGCUCCUGCAAAGUUUGGAUGUGGGAUGCCUGCUUGCUAUACUUAGCAGCAAAUGAGUUCUCUCUCCGUAUUUAAGCUCUUCGUUUGAGGUGUUACACUGGAGUCAUAUUGCUCCUCGCUGGUAAUGAUCUAUUUCAUAUCAAGUAAACCUGUUGGCUGCAGGCUGAAUGUAAUAUUGGGCUUGAUGAGUAACUGUUUUACAAUCUGCCAUCCAGAAAGUCAAUACGGACAUGGAUCAAACAGAAAAUAUUAAUGGAAAUCUUUACGAAAAAGAAGAACUCCUAGCAGGCUGUGACAAUGACAAGGAUUCUAAAGCUCCAUACUUUUUAGAAACACCUUAUGGAUACCAGUUAGACCUGGAUUUUCUUAAAUAUGUAGAGGACAUACAAAAGGGAAACACAAUUAAAAAAAUUACUAUUCUGAAAAAGCGUAAGUUGAUUCCAAAUUUUCCUAGUAGUAGGAAUGCUUCCCUAAAGGAAACUGGAUGGCCUUCAACAGACUCUCUUUCCUCCUCCAAUAGUGAUGAGAAUAAAAAAUCCCCCUGUCUAAUAGCAAGGAGACACACUGUAUCAAACACUUCCACACCAUCCAGUGCUCAAGAAGCCUCCCCUAAUUCUCUGGUUAUUCCUGACAAUAAGGAGAGAGCAUCUGCGUCUCCCCAGCUCCCUAAACACAAUUUUCAUGUAACAAAAACAUUAAUGGAAACACGAAGGAGGCUGGAACAAGAAAAAGUGAUCAUGCAGAUGGCAUCUUCCUUCAGUGAUGUACGGAGGCCCAGGCUGGCUAGUUUUGGUGGCAUGGGCUCUACUGGUUCUUUGUCAUCCUUCCCUGGCUCCACAGGACACCAUAUAAGUGCCCAGCAACUUCAGAAUGGACACCAAGUGAAUGGGGAAUACAAUGCCUACUUUACACCCUCUAUGGGAAGUUCUAUACGUCACAGCCCAAUAAGUUCAGGGGUAACUACUCCGGUGACCAGUAUUAGCCCCAUGCAUCUCCAGCACAUUCGAGAGCAAAUGGCUAUUGCACUUAAGCGUCUAAAAGAACUCGAAGAACAAGUAAAAACAAUCCCCAUUCUGCAGGUGAAGAUUUCAGUAUUACAGGAAGAAAAAAGACAGCUUGUUUCUGAAAUCAAGGGCCAAAAGACAAGCAACCAAAAUGAUACAAGUGGUUUUCGUAAAAGGUCAUACAGUGCUGGCAACGCAGGUUGCUUCGAAUCCAGGUCGAAACUAAAAACUGGAGGAGAAUUGCAUAUAGACUCUGAUGAAGAAUUGGAAACACCAGAACAGAAUUCUCAGACGAUUAAGGAAUUUAGACAACUGACAGCUGAAAUGCAGGCUCUAGAAAGGAAAAUACAAGACAGCAGUUUUGAGGCGUGCUGCACUUCAACGCCAAGUAUAGAUUCCAAAGCAAAAGAGAAAUGUUGUCGAUCUGUUGCUGUGGGUUCUGAUGGGAAUAUGAAUGAUAUAGUUAUAUACCAUAAAUCUAUCAAAUCAAGCCGAGAAGCCUCUGUAGGGACUGAUAUGGAGGUAAAGAGCACAGGGGUUGGGGUAACAGAGGAUAUGUUGGGGUUAGCUACUGAAGCUGAAAAAGAGAUUGAUCUUCAGCAACAAACAAUUGAAGCACUUAAGGAUAAAAUAUAUCGAUUAGAAACAGACUUAAGGGAAACUACAUAUGCUAUGGAGAUGACCAAACUAAAGCUAGAGAUACAAGCAGCUGGAUCAAGACAAAAAGUUGAUAAAGCCAUAUUGGUUCAGCCAUUAAUGUUCAGUAAAUCUGUUGAAGCAGCAGUAGAAAUGAGGGACCAGUGCAUAGGCAACUAUGUGGAGUUUGUAGACUCUUGUGUUGGUAACUACCUGGAUACAAACAAUAUUGGUAUUUUAUGCAAGCCUUCCCUUCAAAGUUUAGCUGUGGGCCCUGACUUGCCAAUGAACUUGUGGAUUGUAAAGGAGAUGGCAGAAACUUGUGACAUGGGAACGGGAAGAGAGCUUGAGAUGUGUGACAAAAUUGUUGGCACUGACAGGUCAUUUAUGAAAAAUGAACUCAUUGACAAGGAAACCGAUACUAUAGCUCUUAACAAGACACAUAUGGAAAUGAAAGAAUUGAAAUCAAUUGGAUGUGGAAAUUGUUCAGUAGAUGUUACUGUUAAACCUGUAACAGAAUCUGUGUCACGUGGAAUGAAUACAGAGUUGGUAAACAAGGUGGAUUCUGCAAUUACAGUUUCACCUUGGACAGCUAACCAGCAAACCAACACAGAAAUGGAUAUUGUAAGUCAGUUCACUAACACUGAAGUUCCAAGUCUUCAUGAUGCCAGCACGAGCACAGUGUUGAGCACUUACUCUAAACAAACAAACACAGACAUUGUGGUGAUGCGAUCAGUGGCUAUAGGAGAUGGUAGGAUCAAAGAAAUAAAUGCUUUACCAAAGACUCGUUCCAUUGGUGUAUGUACUUCAGAUUCAGAGGUAGAAAAUUAUUUCUCUGUCACAAAGACCAGAGACUUUGGAGUAGGUCAAAUAAACAUCACAGAUAACUUUCUGGUUGGGAUGAAAUUACGAAGCAUAGCAUGUGGCCCUAGUGAAUCUGAUCCCCAGUCUACCAGUACAAGGAGUGUGGCUGUAGGAGAUGGAGCCUUGCAGGAAACAGAGAAUCAUUUUACCUCAGGCAAAGAAUCAGAAACUGAGACUCCUGCUUUAGACCAUUACAUUGAGAGGGUGCAGAAACUGCUACAGGAGCAGCAAAUGCUUCUUGCUGAAAACUACAGUGAACUAGCUGAAACAUUUGCAGAACCUUAUUCACAGAUUGGUUCUCUCAACUCCCAACUCAUCAGUACUCUUUCCUCUAUUAACUCUGUGAUGAAGUAUGGCAGCAAUGAAGAGCUGCAGUGCUUUGGCAACCAAAAAUUAUCAAUGGAAUUGGGUUCCACUGAAGGACCUCAGCUUGAUCCUCGAGCAGUUAACGACAAUGCCACUUCUGGUUCUCAACCUGUUGGUCUUCAUCAGAGAUCAGGUGCCAUGCAGCUUGAUAUGCUCAGUAUGAUGAAAACUACAGACGACUUAUGUGCAGCGCUUCCCUCCGGUCUUCAUAACCAAAUGCAGAUCACGGAUGAAGACUUUGCUUCUGACAUUUAUGUAAAUGCAAGUGGCCAGGUCACACUGAAGUCCAUAAUGAAAAGAACGGAUGAGAAAAAGGAGUCUUCAAAUACAAAGAAAAAUCUUCAGUUUGUUGGUAUAAAUGGAGGGUAUGAAACUACAUCAAGUGAUGAUUCAAGUUCUGAUGAAAGUUCCUCAACAGAGUCUGAUGACGAAUGUGAAAAAGAUGAAACUUUUAAUGAGUCUGACGAGAUAUACCCUGGUGUGGUAAGGGGGCAACAAGAAGUUCCUGAAUCUCCAAGUGAUGCAGAGAAAGAACAAAUGCAAGUGACAGAAAAAGAAACAGAUAAAGUAGAAAUUAGAGAAAGAUAUGAGUUAAGUGAGAAAAUGCUGUCAGCAUGCAAAACGCUGAAAGAUGCAGUGGAUGAUCCCAGGGCGUUGGCAAACAAGGAUGUGAGGUCGUGUUUGGUCACCAUACAGAACGAAUGGUUCCGUGUGUCCAGUCAGAAGUCUGCCGUACCUGCAAUGGUUGAGGAUUACGUAGCUGCAUUUGAAGAGAUCUCCCAUGCUGUCUUGAGCUAUAUCAUCAAUAUGGCUGAUGGGAAUGGAAACACAGCUCUUCACUACAGUGUGUCUCAUUCUAAUUUUGAAAUAGUAAAGCUGCUGUUGGAUGCAGAUGUGUGUAAUGUAAAUCACCAGAACAAGGCUGGCUACACUCCCAUCAUGCUCGCUGCUCUUGCAGCUGUAGAAGCAGCCAAGGACAUGCGAGUGGUGGAAGAACUCUUCAGCUCGGGAGAUGUAAAUGCCAAAGCAAGUCAGGCCGGCCAGACAGCCCUCAUGCUUGCAGUAAGCCAUGGGAGGAUAGAUAUGGUGCGAGCGCUCUUGGUAUGUGGUGCAGAUGUCAAUAUCCAGGAUGAUGAAGGCUCCACAGCAUUAAUGUGUGCAAGCGAGCACGGACAUGUGGAGAUAGUCAAGCUGCUGCUGGCUCAGCCUGGUUGCAAUGCUGCCUUGGAAGACAAUGAUGGCAGUUCAGCACUGUCCAUAGCUCUGGAUGCUGGGCAUAAAGAUAUAGCAGUUCUCCUCUACGCUCAUGUCAACUUUUCUAAAACACCAUCUCCGAGUACACCCAGGCUUGGCAGGAAAAUCCCACCCAGCCCAACACACAGAGGCCCAUUUGAUAGUUAAUUGUGAUGAGGAGAGAAAUACUUUGUCACCUCUAAGCCGCUGCUGCUAAUUGUUCCUGUUUUAGUGACAGAUAGUGAAUGUACAUGUCUAGUGCCUGAACGCACCGGAAGACUGAAGCAAUAUGUGUAUUUGUCACUACAAACGCGGCCUCCUAAAACUGGAAGUGAGAAUAAUAACAUAUGACGUGGCUGUGCUGUAGCUUUUACAUCACAUUGUGGUCUUAUUCCCUGGAACCUCUAUGUAAAAAGGCUUAAACUACAGAUAUAUAUUUAAUUUGCAACUUUACAUAAGUGCCAUCGUACCUGCAGUGUGGUUAUCAGCAACGUUAUUGUUAUAUUAUGCUAAAUGGAACUGCGCAAAUAUUCCAUUCCGGACUGGUCUAUUACACUAAAGAAGCCCUUUUACAGCAUCCAGCUGUUCAGCUGGGCACAUGUAUUUUUUGUUUUUAGAUGCAAAGUGUAAAAAAGCCUCAGUAGAUUUGAACAGAUUUAAGUAUUUUCAGAUUUGUACGUAUUAUGUAACUUUUAUAUUAAAGAACGUUUAUCUUCAAGCUACAAGUAACUCAGUAUUCUUUGGGUAUUUUGUAAUCUGUGAGAGAAGAAAAUGGUAAAUGUCACAAAAGCAUCUACUGAAGCUAUAUUUUUUUAAAUGUAUUGUACGUUUAUUAAUAUCUAUAUAAAGUUUAUUAUAAAAUCAGACUGUUAGGGUCAUCAGUUACUGUAUAUGAUAGCAAAUAUAACAAAAUGUCUAUGAAUAUUUAUAUAAUAGCUUAUUUCUUUUAGAUUGUAUGUUUUUAAAUGUUUGAAGUGCCUUACACUCUUGCCAUAUAUUCUCAAUAAACAUUUAAAUAAAAUAAA